ACAUCGUAGGUUUGGUCGUAAUCGGGAGCAAUCUGUCAGCAUGUUAGUUGAUAAUUACAGUGGUGUCAAUGAAAAUCAUUGGGUGAGUUUGUAAAAGUAAUAUGGAAUAUAAUCAGUCGCUCCACCGUGAUGUUAUCUGUGUGUGUGGGUGUGUGUGUGUGUGUGUUUGGUAGUGGGGGUGGUCUGACUUUGUGACAUCACAACAAGGGAGGAUGUAAAUGGCCAGGAAAGUCCAUUAGAGUUAAACUGAGUUUACCAGCUGAACUCUCUGUAUAGCAUGAGAGAGAGAGAGUGAGAGAGAGAGAGAGAGAGGAAAAAGGGGAGGAGAGACAAAAAGAGAAGGAGAAACAGAGAAAGAGAGGAAGGGAGAGAGACACAUUUAGGAAGCUGGGGACAAGAGGGAAUUAUUUGCCGGUUACUGAGAACUCUCCAGCCUAAUUCUUCUUCUGCAGGUUCAUACAGUCAACAUACUGCUGUCCAUUUCACUGUGUGUCUGUGCAGGACGGGGACGCUGAAGCGACAGAGAGGGAGUUGGCUGUUUGAAGAGGUCAGGCAGGCAGGCAGGGGGAAGCCGGUAGAUAUUUUUUAAGUGGGAGCUUAUCUGAAACUGACAACAGGAUGAGAGGGUGAGCGCGGGGGGGGGGGGCCCAGCAGUGUAGGGACAGAACCAUGGAGGUUAAAGCAUCCUCACCCACAGCCCACGUACAAAGGAGGCUAUCCUGAGUGAGAGAGAGAGAGAGAGGGAGAGGACAGGGGGAGAGGGGGAGAAGGAGAGAGAGAGAUAAAAGAGUCUACUUUGUCAAUUCAUGUCUGACGGAGAGGGAGCGUGAGAGACGAGGGUUCGUAACACUGGAGCUCAAGGAUAAACCAUGGACUCUGAUCACCUCCUACCACGCCUGGACCUCCACCAUGUUCCCUGCUAACCUCCUGGUCCUGAUGGUCCUGCUGCUACCUCAAGCUUCGUCUGGUCGCCAGGGCCAAGCCGCCGAGCCCGAUGGCCGCGUGCCGUCGUUGUCCCCCACGGAGCCAAGCCUGGCCCAGACCAUCCAGAAUCUGCUGCUGAGCCGCCUGGGCCUGCAGUCCCGGCCCAACCCACAGCCUGGGGCUCACAUCCCCCAGUACCUACUAGACCUCUACCGCUUCCACUCCCAGCAGUACCACCUGGUCCAGGACCCACACUUCAGCUACCCCAGCCAGCAUGUCCGGGAGGCCAACACCGUGCGCAGCUUUCACCACACAGAGUCUACCGAUCCCUCACAUCCCUUUGAAAAGAGGCAGACCUCCACCAACAACCACAGGGUCCUCAUCUCCUUCAACGUGUCCUCUAUACCCCAUGAUGAGCAUGUGGUGUCAGCAGAGAUACGUUUCCUUCGGGCUGGCAGUGCCUCUCUGGGCCCCGGCUCUCACAGGGUUAGUCUGUUCCUCUCCAGAGGCCCUGGGGACUCAGAGCCCACUCUGCUGGUGUCAAGAAUCCUCCCCGGGGGCCCCAGCACCAAGCCAGCCGGGUCCUGGGAGGCCUUCAGCCUCAGCGCCGAGCUUUUCCGAGGGGCCCACGCUCGGACUGACAGCCUGGCCUUCCUGCUGGAGGUGACCCCUGCGGGUAACACCACCCUCCUCACCCGCCCUGGCCAUGGCGCUGCACCACUCUCCACUGGGGAGACUGAGCAGAGGAAGGGGCAUCUGAGGGUACGCAGGUCUCUGGGUCAGGACGAGCACAGCUGGGCACGAGAGAGACCCCUACUGGUGACUUACAGCCAUGACGGGCGUGGGGAGCCACUCGCCGCCAAUGGCCAGAAAACCUCUCGCUCUGCUCAGAGGUUGAGCGGGAGGAAGGCGCCCAGAGGGAAGGCCAACGGCAGGGACCGUGGCAGAGCCAGAGACACGGACAGGAACCGGAGGGCCAGCAGCUGGGGCGGCAGCUGGAACGAGCGUGGCCGAGUGAAGCGCAACGGCGGCCGCGCAGCGAAGCUGAAGCGCUUGUCUCGCGCUCGCUGCCGUCGCCACCCUCUCUACGUGGAUUUCAAAGACGUGGGCUGGAACAAGUGGAUCGUGGCGCCCAGCGGCUACGACGCCUUCUUCUGCCUGGGGGAGUGCCGUUUCCCGCUGGCUGACCACAUGAACUCGUCCAGCCACGCCAUGGUGCAGACGCUGGUGAACUCGGUGAACGGAGCAGUGCCGCGGGCCUGCUGCGUCCCCACCGCCCUCAGUCCCAUUGCCAUGCUCUAUCUGGACCCACAGGACCGAGUGGUGCUGAAAAACUACCAGGACAUGGUGGUGGAGGGCUGUGGUUGCCGGUAGCUGGACACAAAAGAGAGGGAGGGAGGAGAGAGAGGGACGGAAGGAAAGAUGGAUGAGGGAGGGAGGGAAAGAGGGCAUGAGCAGAGUCUAAACACCGUGUGAUGUAUGGGCAGUUGGACAUUGAUGGAGGCCAGUAGCGAGAGAGAGAGAGGGAGGACGGGAGGGACGGCUGAGGGAGGAAGGAAUCAUGCAGCAGGACCAAGUGCUGCUUAGGACAUCCAUGGUUUUGGAGGACCACUGCUGUCAGUGGUGGAUAUAAGUGAGGACAUGCAGGUAAGACCGCACAGUCUGCUGAGAGCUGCCGCAUAGUGAGAGGAGACCAAAAGGAGAGACCAAAAGGAGAGAGAGAGAGAGAGACGGGGAGUGAGCGAGCGAGCGAGAAGAGAGAAAAAAUAAGUCUUCCUCAUCCCAGUGGGUGUGCUAGAAGAUGCUUCUGCCAGUAGAAGAGAGCCUGCUGGAGAAGAGACUCCUCCCAUUCGCUCCAGCUCCUCCCAUUCGCCCCAGCUCCUCCCAUUCGCCCCAGCUCCUCCCAUUAGCCCCACCUCACCUAUAGCACUGCGCUCGCUGACAGUCCUGUGCUUGUUCAGUGUUCACCCACCAGCCCCCUACGUGUCCGUAACGUGUCCGUGUCCGUGUGUCUCUCCGUGCUCGAUGUGGCGCUCGCCUGCUCAUUCCAGCAAUAAUCUGCGAAGGAGAUGCCUUCAGUCUGUGGACCGGAUGACCAGCGAGACUGGCAUGUCGUGAAGGGGUCUGUGUCAGGGCAUACCGUCUGUACAACGGACAAUAAUGUCAAACGUGGCCGAUAGUAAAGGGCAAGCUGUCUUGUGGCACAAACAUAUAAUCUUUGUAUCAGCGGCACCAUCCUCUAUAUAACAUAUAUAGCCCAUGGACAGCUAAUGAUCUUCUAUCAAGAAAGAUUUUCACAGACACUACCCGCAGACUGAGAUGAAACUGUGUGUUUCAGACAGACAGACAGAUUGUCCACAUCAAGCUUCCCAUUACGAGAUGUUUAAAACCACAAAAAUAAUACAGAGGAAUUAUUAUGCUAUCAUUUGAAUGUACUGUCAUUUGUAUGAUUAUCAAUAUUAUUUAAAGUUAUUUGUACAUUUCCUUUGUGGAGACGAGGACAAAUUCUGAAUACAGUUGCUAUCAAAGUAUUUCCAUUAAAUGGCGAAUCUAACUUAAAAGUCACAUUAUGUAUUUAAAUGGCAACCCCACACGUGAUGUAUUUAAUCUUGGAAAUAUUUAAGGAAUCUGCUCUCUCCAAGCCUACAGCACCAUAGUACCCCUAAAGCCUGCCGUCCUUCCUGUAGCUUUGGUACAGUUAUCGUGACCUUUCUUAUGUCGUUGGCAUGGUGCACCACACUCUGCAUUGCUUUACCAUUCAUCUCUGAGACCUGUUGUGUCGUACACAUUCUGACAGAGUGACGACACAGCUGCAGAAACACAGCAUGCCGAGGCUCUGUGUAUAAUACUCUAUGGCACCUUGUAACAAGACUACGACGUCAUCGCCAAAAAUGUCUUAUCUAGCAGUGUGCAUGUUUAAAAACAAAUCAAUUUAAAAAAAAAUGUUAGACCAGUUGAUUUCCAGUGCCUUUUGGACAAGGGCUUUGCGAGUGUUUUCUAAUGAGUUGAGCAUUUUGAGUAUGGUUCCAGUGUGUUGCUUUUCCCUCUAUUUAAAUGGAAGCAUUUAAACAACAGUGUAAAAUGUUUGACAUUGUCUGAAGAAGUGGUGAUACGUGUAAUAAACAGAGACCAAGCAACA